UUCUUAUACAAGAAGAGGACUCCAAGAAGGAGUAUGAAGUGGUCGGACGUUUUCCAUUGGUUGACCCUUGGUGGAGAGUUAAUGUUAAGGCGAAAAAAAUGGGGUCGAAGUACUUUGUGCAAGGAUAUCCAUCAUAUUUUCUGCGCACUGAUAUAGAAGAAAACAACCGACAAGUCUUUUCACUCUUUCUUAAGGAAUGUGGCGUUCCUAAAGAAUUUUUAAAAACAUUUUUUAGUUGGCUUCCUAUGGAGUCUAUGCUGAGUUUUAGAGAUCUUGAAGCAAAACUAAAACAAUUCCAAGUUUCAUGCUUACCGAGGGGGAAGAAACAAGGAGGCGCCAAGGAUUAUGACAUCUUCUGCUCUGUUUUGAGAUCGUUUGCAGGCAAGGCAGUAUUGGUAGCUCUGACUUUUCCGAUGAUACUGGAAUUUUUGCCAACUCUUCUGCCAAGCCAUUUUUGCUCUCUGUUGAAUAUGGUGCAUUGGCAAAGAAAGACUGAAGAAAGCAGUGGUAUGGAUGAUGAGGAAGUACAUUGUCAAGACAAGAUGCUAACAAAGUUGGAUGAGAUAUUAAAGAAUGAGCCAUGGAAACUUGGAUUCAGCAGGAUAACCUAUAGGGAACUGAACCUUUCUUACUGCGAGGCAACGUGGGCCGCCUUCUGUCAGUGUGAGCACCUCCUGCGGAAGAUUCCCAGGUUGCAGAAGAAUGCAUUAAUUCUCUAUGAUCAGCUCAAGAAACAGUGUAGAGAAAUGGGACACACUUACGAAGAUCAAGAUGAAUUAGCUCAUUUUGUAUCUAAAGAUAUGUCCAUUGAACACGCUUGGCAAUCUCUGGAAUUUUUGAAAGAUCAGAAUGUAGUGAUCAGGGAGAAAAAACUCGUGUUUCUGCCUCAUCUUCACAAAUCUGAAAAAGACAUUGCAACGUGUAUAGGUGACCUUCUGUCAAACCCCUCGUGGCAACUGGAUGUUGAUGUGAGAAAGAUACUGAACAUUUCUGAGAUGACAAGAGAAAUGGUGGAUAACAAAACGAGUGUUACCCAGGCUCAUGAAAUGGACCAUCCGGAGGAAAAUAGUCCCGACAGUCAUAAUGGUGCAGAUCACUUUCCUGAAAAGGAAGCAGGGUCUAUGUCUGGUACCCAAGGUAAAGCAGAGGUAGAUGUAGAUCAGGUGCUUGCUAUGGAGAAGAUUUGUUCUAAUCCUGUCACAAUCAUAAGUGGAAAAGGAGGCUGUGGGAAGAGUACAAUAGUUAGCUGCCUUUUCUGUCACUUAAAGCAGAUGGAAAAAGAAGUGGAAGCUGCUUCUAAGGACUUUGAAGAUGACCUGGAUGCGUCUGAAGAAUGGAAUACCUUCGAUCAUCAUCUGGAGUCAGAGAAUACGUACACACAAAGAAAACUGAACGUACUGUUUACUGCACCUACAGGGAGGGCGGCAAGCCUUUUGAGUGAAAAAACUAAGCUUCCUGCAUAUACACUGCAUCAGAUCAUCUAUAGUUUCAAAUCAUGGAGGCAGAGUGAACAAGUACUGCCAUGGAAGUUUUCUACUGUGACGGUUCUGAUUGUGGAUGAAGGAAGUUUGGUGUCUGUACUCAUUCUUAGUUUAGUUUUAAGACUCUUGUGUGAGCAUGCUCAACUUGCCAAACUCAUUAUUCUAGGUGAUACUCGACAGCUGCCAAGCAUAGACCCAGGAAACAUGUUGGCUGAUAUCUUUGAGGGUCUAAAAUCAAGAGGCUUUUCUGUGGAACUGCGAACUAAUCAUAGAGCUGAAUCGCAACUAAUCAUAGACAAUGCAUCAAGAAUCUCGAACCGGAAGUUUCCUGAAUUUGAUGAGGUGCUGAAAGUUUCUGGCUGGAAUCAGGAAAUGACAAUGCCAAGCCCAGAGAAGAAAUUCAUUCUCAUUGCUUUGCCUGCUGGCGGCGGUUGUGACAAUUUGCAAACUGCCAUAAAGGCUUUACUUAAAAAAGGACCAGGAUUGGAGGAUGCCAAACAGUCACAGUUCAUUGCUUUCAGAAGGCAAGAUUGCAAUCUCAUAAAUGAACUCUGUUGCCAACACUACUCAAAUCAUGUAACCAGAGAUAAUAAAAACCGACUUUUAUUUCGAAUUGAUGACAAGAUUUCCUGCAUGCGGAAUAUGUAUCUCAAGGAUCUCUUGCCAGACCGUGGCUUUGGAGAGGAUCCUAAUCACCACGAACGCAAAAGUGGAGAAACCGCCCUCACUGCUGAGACUGCUGAGGAGGGCAAACGACUGUGCAACGGAGAUAUAUUUUUCAUAACAGACGAUGUGGAAAUUGAUAAACAGCGCUUAUUGACCAUAAGCAGCACGUACGGCUCCACAUUCACCGUCAAGUAUAAGGCACUGAAGAAGCUAUGUCAUAUAAAACAUGCCUGGGCCAGAACUAUUCACACAUUUCAGGGUUCUGAGGAGAAAACGGUUGUCUACGUGGUUGGCAAUCCUGGCCGCCAGCACUGGCAGCACGUGUACACCGCCGUGACCAGAGGGCGCUGCCGUGUCUAUGUCAUAGCUGAAGAGAUGCACCUCAGGAGAGCAGUCACUAACAAGAACGUGCCCAGAAAAACUCGCUUACAGAGGUUUUUGAGAGAGGCAAUUGCAGAAACAAGCACCUGUCCCAAACAAAAUUCCUCUCCCCUGGCAAAGAGCUGGCAAAAUCAAGAGCUUGGGUCUCGCUCUGUUUCUGUAACUCAGGGUGCUCCUGACCUAGCCGAACCUGACUUGAUGCAACAGGAAGGGGCAGCAGUUUGCAGUGAAAAGAAGCGGACCGACGAUCUGCAGCAAAGUCCAUACAAAAGACAACUGAGUCUUGCAGGGACCUCUGAGACUGCUGUGAAAUCACCCCGUGUAAAAGAUUCUCCGCUUGGGUCUUCCAGACUUCAGAAUCUAACUCUGGGACAACCAAGUCCUAGGACGCUUUUCAAAAGCUAA